CGGAAGCGGAAGCUAGAGGGCGGUAACCCGGGACGUGAAGUUGUUGCGAACAAGAUGCAGCCUGCUUGUCGGACCCCAGGUGCCCCAUGGGCUGAGUCCUGAGCCCUGUCUGGCAUGCUGGUCCCAGAGCACCCCAGGCUGACCAGCUGGUCCCUGCCCAUGCAGAGGGAAGAGAAGCAGUUGGAGGCGUCGGUGGAUGCCCUGCUGAAUCAAGUGGCGGAUCUGAAAAGCUCCUUGGGAAGCUUCAUUUGCAAGCUGGAAAACGAGUAUGACCGGCUUACCUGGCCCUCAGUCCUGGACAGCUUUGCUCUGCUCUCUGGACAGCUGAACACCCUCAACAAGGUCCUCAAGCACGAGAAGACCCCAUUGCUCCGGAACCAGGUCAUCAUUCCUCUGGUGCUGUCUCCAGACCGUGAUGAGGAGCUCACGAGGCAGACAGAGGGAAGGGUUCCUGUCUUCAGUCAUGAAGUAGUCCCUGACCACCUGAGAACCAAGCCAGACCCAGAGGUUGAGGAACAGGAGAAGCAGCUGACCACAGAUGCAGCACGCAUCGGUACCGAUGCAGCCCAGAAGCAGAUUCAGACCUUGAAUAAAAUGUGCUCUAACCUACUGGAGAAAAUCAGCAAAGAAGAGCGAGAAUCAGAAAGUGGAGGUCUCCGUCAGAAUAAACAGACCUUCAACCCUACAGACACCAAUGCUCUGGUGGCUGCAGUUGCCUUUGGUAAGGGUCUGUCCAACUGGAGACCUCCAGGAACCAGUGGCCCCGGCCAGCCAGGCCAGCCUGGGGCAGGGACCCUCCUAGCUGGAGCAUCAGGCAUGCAGCAAGUUCAGAUGACAGGUGCGCCCAAUCAGCAACAGAGCACUCUGCUCAGUGGAGUACAGAUGGCACAAGCUGGCCAGCCAGGUAAGAUGCCGAGCGGCAUUAAAACCAACAUCAAGUCAGCUUCGAUGCACCCCUACCAGCGGUAAGCUGCCCACCGAGCACAGACACUGCCCCUCUGGCUCCCCACCAACUCGGAUCACUGGACCUGCUUCUGAAGUGACAGAGGCCCUCACAGGCAUACCCCAUCUCAGAGGCCAGAUCUCUUUCUGGAGCCUUCUUGCUCCUUAAGUUCACCCAGGCCUCACUCUGGGACACAUCUGUGCCACCUGUCCAACCCAGAAGGUAGCCUUACCCCUACAAGCUGGGCUCGGUGAGCCUCGGGGCCUGUCCAGUCGCUGGCCUUUGGGGCCCUUACCCUUAAGGUCCUGUCACUCUGUGGAGGCUUCCUUGGACAGAGGCAGCUGUUGCAGCUGCUAAGGGAAUCUUAGUCUGGGGGCUGAUGGAACAGGCUGGUAUGAAGAACAGUCCUGUCCCAUGACUGAAGAGAGAAAAGCUCCCUUUGCCGCUCUUCUGUCUGGGAAAGGGGCUUCCUGAGCAAGUGCCAGGGCCUUUGGCAAACAGUUCCACCUUCACCCUGAGUUCUGGGGCGGGAUCUGUGCCCAGGGAGGGCUGGGGGGGGGGGUCCCCUCUGCCUACCUGCUCCUGGGCAAUGACUACAGGAGGGCCCAAGAGUGUUGCUAAACCAGCUGCCUGGCUUUCCUGCAUGCUUUACUGGACCCACUCCCAGGAGAGUGCUCCCCAGAGCCCCUUUGAGCAGGAAACUGGCCCCCACUGGAAUCCCUCCUGUAUUCUCUGAAUAAAAAAA